CUGAUUUGAUGAGAAUUUCCUCAGAGUAUAGAAAAAAAAAAAGAUGGCAUGCGGAUAAGGCCCCUGCGGCUGCUCCUGCUGCUGCCACACAGUCCGGAUCCAAUAUCGCCAGUCCAGGCUUUUGAAGCGCCCCUGCCCUCAGUGGGUGCCCGCACACGGCAGCCAGUUCCCGGCCGAAGCACUGCCUGGCUGGCUCUGCUAACUGGAAGUCCGCCGCUCGCUCGGCACUUCAUCCUCGACCCCGUCUGGGCUCCAUUCCGGCUUCAAAACUUCUCGCCCACGAACGGAGCGCAAAGGGUGGACAGAGCCACCGAGCCUCCGCCGACACUUUUUUUUUUCUUGUUUCGCUACACGAGAGGAGCCCAGACUAAACGGUGUCGGCUCGGUUCCCGCAGAGGUGUUGACGAGACCAGACAGAGCGGCUUUAGGCUAUGGAAGUGCGCCCCUGGAAGAGAGGCACGGCCGGGCAGCGAGGAGGACCUGUCGUCGACUGAGAACCAGCCUGAGACACACGAAGACGGGCAUGCCUCAGACCCGCAGACCGUCACAGGACCCCCCAUCAGACAAUAUCUGACUUUGUUUUUUCCCCCGCUCUUUUACUUAUUUUCCCAUUGUGACUGUAUGUCGCAUGGCUUCGCUGCGAGGUGAGAGCCUCAAUGAUGACCAGCUCUAAGAGCGUUUGGAUUGGAGUUUUUUAAUCAGAAGCCUUUUGUCACAAAACAAAAACCUGCAAGAGACCACCAAUGCUUGGCGCCAUGUGGAAAGUACACAACUUGUGCUGGUUUAUCAUCAUGUUGGCCCAAGUCUACUCCACUGAGGGGUUCAGUCGGGCUGCCCUGCCAUUUGGCUUAGUACGGAGAGAGCUGUCUUGUGAGGGUUACCCCAUCGAUCUGCGCUGUCCAGGAAGUGAUGUCAUAACGAUCGAAAGCGCCAACUAUGGGCGGACAGAUGACAAGAUCUGCGACGCUGACCCUUUCCAGAUGGAGAACAUCAACUGCUAUCUUCCAGAAGCAUACAAGAUCAUGUCACAGAGAUGCAACAAUCGGACCCAGUGUAUCGUGAUCACGGGUUCAGACGUCUUCCCAGACCCUUGUCCGGGGACAUACAAGUAUCUGGAGGUCCAGUAUGAGUGUGUGCCCUACAGUCCAUGCCCAACCAGAAUAGGAGCAAGAACAAAGAAUGUGUCCUAUCGCAACUGUCCUGAAGUGGAGCAAAAAGUAUUUCUUUGUCCUGGGACUCUGAAAGCUGUUGGGGAACCAUCCUUUCAGUUCGAAGCGGAGCAACAAGCUGGUGCCUGGUGCAAAGAUCCACUGCAAGCUGCCGACAAGAUCUACUUCAUGCCUUGGACUCCUUAUAGGACAGACACUCUAAUUGAAUAUUCCUCCCUGGAUGACUUCCAAAAUGCCCGGCAAACAAUUACCUACAAGCUUCCCCACCGGGUGGACGGGACUGGAUUUGUGGUCUAUGAUGGUGCUGUGUUUUUCAACAAAGAGCGCACCCGAAACAUAGUCAAGUUUGACCUGCGAACUCGAAUCAAAAGCGGGGAGGCGAUCAUCAACAAUGCUAAUUACCAUGACACGUCACCCUAUAAGUGGGGUGGUAAAACAGACAUUGACCUGGCCGUAGAUGAGAACGGCCUGUGGGUAAUCUACGCAACAGAGCAGAACAACGGCAUGACAGUGAUCAGCCAGUUGAACCCAUACACGCUGCGUUUUGAGGCGACAUGGGAGACAGCCUAUGACAAACGCUCAGCCUCCAAUGCCUUCAUGGCCUGUGGAGUGCUCUAUGUGGUCCGCUCCACCUAUGAAGACAAUGAAAGCGAAGUCAGCAAGAGCAUGAUCGAUUAUAUCUACAACACUAAGCAGAACCGUGGGGAAUAUGUUGAUAUCCACUUUCCCAACCAGUACCAAUAUAUUGCGUCUGUGGAUUAUAAUCCGCGAGAUAACCAGCUCUAUGUGUGGAAUAAUUUUUACAUCCUGCGAUAUAAUCUGGAGUUCGGGCCACCGGAUCCAGCUCAUGCUCCACCUUUAUCUCAGGCCACCGUGUCCCCCCAGCCUCUGAGAACUACAACCACCACAACAACAACCACAGUACGCCGGGGUGUGGCCAACAACACUACCACCACAACAGGGCCCAAGGAGGGCAGCAAGGGAGCAGCCAGGCCCCCUCCUGUGAUUCUGCAGACUACUUCACCUCCACCCCUGGAGUCAUUCCCUUUGCCCGAGCGCUUCUGCGAGGCCACCGAGAGAAGAGACAUCAUGUGGCCUCAGACCCAGCGGGGCAUGCUGGUGGAGCGACCUUGUCCCAAGGGAACGCGAGGCACAGCAUCUUAUUUAUGUGUCCUUUCAUCUGGGGCCUGGCACCCUAAGGGCCCCGAUCUCAGCAACUGUACCUCCCACUGGGUCAACCAGGUAGCCCAGAAGAUCCGCAGUGGUGAAAAUGCAGCAAACUUGGCUAACGAGUUAGCAAAGCACACGAAAGGCCCCAUCUACGCAGGGGAUGUCAGCUCCUCAGUGCGCCUUAUGGAGCAGCUGGUGGACAUCCUGGAUGCUCAGCUGCAGGAGCUCCGGCCGAGUGAGAAGGACUCUGCAGGACGGAGCUUCAACAAGCUUCAAAAACGAGAAAGGACAUGCAGGGCGUACAUGAAGGCCAUUGUGGAUACAGUAGACAACCUACUCCGACCUGAGGCUUUAAAGUCCUGGCAAGACAUGAACAGCACAGAGCAAACCCACGCUGCCACCAUGUUACUAGACACCUUGGAGGAAGGCGCCUUCGUCCUUGCCGACAACCUGAUGGAGCCCGCCAUCGUCAAAGUUCCUGCAAACAAUAUAAUCCUGGACGUCUACGUGCUCAGCACAGAUGGUCAGGUGCAGGAUUUUAAAUUCCCACAACCCAUCAAGGGGGGAAUCUCCAUCCAGCUUUCGGCCAAUACCGUCAAGCUCAACAGUCGCAAUGGAGUUGCUAAGCUGGUGUUUGUUCUUUACAAGAACCUAGGCCAGUUCCUCAGUACAGAAAACUCCACCAUUCAGAUGGCCAACGACGCUUAUGGACGCAACGUGUCCGUCAACUCUGACAUCAUUGCUGCAUCAAUCAACAAAGAAUCCAGCCGAGUCUUCAUUAAUGACCCGGUGGUUUUUACUCUGGAGCACAUAGACAUGGAGCACUACUUCAACUCCAAUUGCUCCUUCUGGAAUUAUUCCGAGAGGAGUAUGAUGGGCCACUGGUCUACGCAAGGCUGCAAGCUCCUUGAGUCCAAUAAAACACACACCUCCUGCUCCUGCAGCCACCUCACUAACUUUGCCAUCCUCAUGGCCCACCGCAAAAUCUCGGUCAACAGACCACAUGAGCUGCUGUUGACUGUCAUCACCCGCGUGGGCAUCGUGGUGUCGCUCGUGUGUCUAAGCAUGAGCAUCUUCACCUUCUGCUUCUUCCGAGGCCUACAGAGCGAUCGCAACACCAUCCACAAGAAUCUCUGCAUUAAUCUCUUCCUCGCUGAGUUAAUAUUCCUAAUUGGUAUCGAUAUGACAGAGCCCAGGAUUGGCUGUGCCAUCAUUGCGGGGAUCCUUCACUUUUUCUUCUUGGCUUCCUUCUCCUGGAUGUGUUUGGAGGGAGUCCAGCUAUACCUCAUGCUUGUGGAAGUCUUUGAAAGUGAAUACUCACGGAAAAAGUACUACUAUGUGUCUGGUUACCUCUUUCCUGCCAUUGUGGUCGGGGUCUCUGCAGCGAUCGACUACAGGAGCUAUGGGACAGAAAAAGCGUGUUGGCUAAGUGUGGAUAAUCAUUUCAUCUGGAGCUUCAUAGGACCCGUCACCUUUAUCAUCGUGCUCAAUUUGAUCUUCCUGGUCAUCACCAUGUACAAAAUGGUGAAGCACUCCACCACCCUGAAACCAGACUCGAGCCGACUGGAGAAUAUCAAUAAUUAUCAUGUUUGUGACGGCUACUAUAAUACCGAUUUGCCUGGCUAUGAAGAUAAUAAACAGUUUAUCAAGACCUGGGUCAUAGGGGCCUUUGCUCUGCUCUGUUUGCUGGGCCUGACGUGGUCCUUUGGUCUCUUCUUCAUCAAUGAGGCCUCCAUUGUCAUGGCGUACCUCUUCACCAUAUUUAACGCCUUCCAGGGGAUGUUUAUCUUCAUUUUCCACUGCCUCCUCCAGAAAAAGGUCCGCAAAGAGUACAGCAAGUGCUUCCGUCACACGUACUGCUGUGGAAGGCUGCCAACUGAGAGCUCGCAUGGCUCAGCGAAGACUUCCACUACACGGACAAGCGCACGCUACUCCUCUGGUACCCAGAGUCGAAUCAGGAGAAUGUGGAAUGACACCGUAAGAAAGCAAUCUGAGUCCUCCUUUAUCUCAGGUGACAUCAACAGCACCUCCACCCUUAACCAAGGAAUGACUGGGAAUUAUCUACUAACAAAUCCUCUUCUUCGACCACAAGGCUCUAACAACCCUUAUAACACCUUACUGGCUGAGACAGUUGUGUGUAACACCCCCACAGCUCCAGUGUUUAACUCUCCAGUGACCUACAGAGAGACAAGGCACUCACUGAACAAUGUGGUGAGAGAUACAAGUGCAAUGGACACUCUACCGCUAAAUGGUAACUUUAACAACAGCUACUCACUCCGCAGUGCGGACUUCGGCGACAGUGUACAGGUGGUCGACUGCGGACUCAGUCUGGACGACGCUGCCUUCGAGAAAAUGGUCAUCUCUGAGCUUGUACACAACAACCUGCGUGCCUGUAACAAAAGCCACCAACAGCAACAACAGCAGCCCCCCAAUUUGAUUCACCCGUCCCACCUCCACCACCAUCCGCCGGCACUGCUGCCGUACCACCACCAUCACCACCACAAGGCGGAGCGGGCUCCCCCCAAGAUGACGGUGGUGGGUGGCAGCAGCAGCGACGACGACGCCAUCGUCGCCGACGCUUCUUCUUUGGUGCACGUGGGAGAAGCGGUGGGCCUCGAACUGCACCAUCAGCACGAGCUGGAGGCGCCGCUCAUCCCCCAGCGGACGCACUCGCUCCUGUAUGCCCCCGAGAAGAAGGUGAGGAUCGACGGGGGAGUGGAAACCUUUGUGGGCCAGCUGACACCCGACAACAACGACCAAGAUAGUUUGCAGUCUCCAAACAGAGACUCCUUGUACACUAGCAUGCCGAACCUGAGGGACUCUCCGUAUCCCAAGAGUAGUCCAGAAGUUGUGGAGGACUUGUCCCCAUCCAAGCGGAGCGACAAUGAGGACAUUUACUACAAGAGCAUGCCCAAUUUAGGAGCCGGCCACCAGUUGCAGGCCUAUUACCAGAUAGGCAAAGGGAGUAGUGAUGGUUACAUUAUUCCCAUCACUAAAGAAGGCUGCAUACCGGAGGGCGAUGUACGGGAAGGACAGAUGCAGCUAGUCACAAGCCUUUAAAUGUAUUGCGAUGAGCACCCAAACCUCCUCCUGCCCAUUUUCAGCCGUGAACAUUUGGUGGACAAACUAGUGAAGGAAGUAGAAAGUGUGUCAUUUGAACUAGCCAUUGACCACUCUUUCUCCCCAAACAGGUCUCUCGUCCGCUCUUUUCAGCCAUUGCUGUGCAACAUUUUAAUAAAAGUGUACAUAAAAUACAGUCAAAUUUUCAUUUUUAGAGAUAAGCCAAUUAUGUAUUUAAAUGUGCUGCUGCUGUCAAAAAAAUGUACGGUACCCUAGUAGACACAAAAAAGGAAUAAUAAAGAACCAUUACUUGAUUCCUCAGACAAGCAUUUAACAAGGUUGUACAUACACUUCCAAACAUAGUGUUUUUGUUGAUUUUUUGUUGUUGUUGUUUUGUUUUUUUGAUUGUGAAUGAAAUGACACUCAUGGACCAGGACAUUGACUCUAGCCUGUACAAACCUUUUAUAUUACUGUAUAUUUAUGGUCCUGGUCAUCCUUCAUCCCCAUGCUGUUUCGAUUGUAUGACCACUAGCAAUCAAGCCCCUGGCCUUAUAUUUUCUCAACUGUACAUUGAACUGUAGUCAAGAAUAAUGGCUAAAAAUAUAUAUUUUGUUGUAUUGCUGGUGUAAAAUACAGAUUCUUGGGUAAACGUAAUUAUGAAGAAACUGUUUAAUUGCGAAAUGUAACAUUUGAGAGACUGUUGUCUCGAGGUUAUACAUAGUGGUUCUGACCAUUGAUUCAAAGUGAGUUUGAAUGCCAGAGGCAAAUGUAAAGAAAGAAAUAUACAUAAAAAAUACACGGAUGGUUUAUCACUUUUCCCACAUGUGAACAGUGUUUAUACUGUCUGGUUUUCAUUGAUAUCACCGACUCAAACGUUGAUUUGAUUUUGCCAGAGUGGAAUUACUUUCUGCAUACGUACAGUACAUAUUUUAACUGGUGUGACAAAGUAAUGGGCAGUUUGAAAAUGAAGUUUUUUGUUGUUGUUAUUAAUCAUUAAUUUAGUUUCACUGCCUUGGUUUAAACAGUUUAUUUAUUAAAUCCUUUGAAAGAAAAAAUAAUGGGAAUUAUUUCCCAGCACUGGUAUAUGUACUGUACUGCACUGUAGCUCAUGAUUUUGUGUAAUCAUAUUACAAUGGGCUCUCCACUCGAAGACUGAUGUAAAGUUCAACACUUGUUUGACAAAUACAAUAAAUGUGAGUUUUUUUUUCAAA